UCAGAUGAGUUGCUGUGUUUUGAUGGGAUGAACAUAACAUAACAUUGCUAGUACCGGUAACAGCAUGGCCGAGGUUGUUGAAGUGUGCAAGGAUCAUUAUUUCGAAGGUGUGGAAAAACUUUUGGAAAUAUCUUUUUGUGACAGUCCGAACAAGGAUGCCGAUUUGCGUGACGUUUCCUCAAUAGUAUGGGAAGAAUUAUUAAAAAAAGUUAAAUGCGAAAUAAUUAGUUGUAGCAGAAAUGAUCAUAUUGACGCAUAUGUUUUAAGUGAAAGUAGUAUGUUUAUUUUUAAAAAAAAGUGGAUACUUAAAACAUGCGGAACAACGACGCCAUUACACUGCUUAAAAGGAUUGCUUGAAAUUGCACAUCGAUAUGGAUACGAUGAGAUCGCUGAUUUAUUUUAUUCCAGAAAAAAUUUUACAAGACCAGAAAAACAGCUGUACCCUCAUCGUGGAUUUUGUGAAGAAGUAGCCAUUUUGGAUUCAAUAUUUGCUGAUGGGCGCUCUUACUGCCUUGGUUCAAUUAAUAGUGAAUGUUGGUACUUAUACACAUUUACAAAGCCUUUAUUGAAUAAUGUAGAACCAAUAAAAGAAAUAGCGGAACCGGACCAAACUAUUGAAAUUUUAAUGCAAAACUUAGACGCCGAAGUAAUGUCAAUUUUUACUAAAGAGAUAUCUAAAACGCCAACUGAAGCAACUGUGAAUUCGAAAAUUGAUCAAAUUAUUCCAGAUAUGUUAAUUGACGAUUUAUUGUUCGAACCUUGCGGGUACUCAAUGAAUGGAAUACGAAAUAAUGGCGAAUAUAUGACGAUUCAUAUUACACCUGAAAAAGACUUCUCGUAUGUGAGCUUUGAAAGCAAUGUAGCACUAAGUAAUUAUACAGACCUAAUCAACCGGGUGAUUAAGACAUUUAAGCCGUCGAAGUUUAUUGUAACCGUUUUUGCAAAUAAGACUUCAGAAGCCUAUGCUACUAUUAAGGAUCUUGAUUUGGAAUACACAAAAGUUAAGAGUUGGAAACGUACAGAUAUGCAAUGUUGUAAUUUUCCAUCGUACAAUUUGUUAUUUGCGCAAUAUGCACAAAAUGUACUAUUUAAUGAAGAAGAUGAUGCAUAAAAUUUUACUUUAAGAUGCAGACAAAAGCAAUACACCAAUUUGAAUCAGAGUCUUAUGUAUUUAUAUUGACAUUAAUAAAUUUUUUUAAAUUC